AUGGUAUGUGUGUCCAGCUUCGUCUUGUUGGAAAUUUCCUGUAUGCUGACCUUGUUUGGUUUCUCCUGGCUACACCUGGCGGAAGGUAGCAGGGACAAGAUUGACUGUUCUCCUAAGAUGGGUCACCCUUGUACAGUAUACACAUAUCAUGACUGUGCAGCCAGAGCGUUCGAGUCGCGCCAUAAAGAUCUUUUUACUGGUCUGGGACGUGCGGUACCUCUGAAACUUAGUGUACACCAGUCAAGUAUCGGAAGUGGUGACAACAAAACUGACCGCCCAGGAAUAACUGUGUUCUGGUGGCCACUAUCCCACAGUACAGAUGCAUUGAAGGGUUAUGAGAUUUCGAUGCAAGGAAUUAAGGGCGUUGCUAAAGGGACUCGGAAGUGUUUUGUCAUCGAUACGAGAAAAUCGAACGGGACAACAGAUACUGAGGUAAUUUACAACUUCACAAUAACACCUGUCCUGGCAAACUCCGUAUACCAUUUCCGGAUCCUGUCACUCCCGCACAUGCGCAGUAGGGGUUCCUCAAAUACUGCCACCGUAGAGACACGACCUGAUUCUAGUCGAAUCGUACCGUCCGAAUGGACAACACGAGUGGAUUGUGAGUCGCGGUAUGUCCACAAGCUGACCAAGGUAUAUGUGGAAUAUGACUUACCCCCAAGGUCAUUCAAAUUCCCAGGGGUCACUGUGGAGCUCGUUCUAAACGAUAACAUCAUUUCAAAGCAACUGUCGACAAAGCCUUUCCAUUUAUUUGAGACCACGAAACAUGGGAAUUAUCAAGUUUGGGUGACACCAGAAGAUCCCUUCAUCUACUCACCGCGAGCUUGUCUUUGUAGAAACAUUGAUGAUAUUUGUGCAGGAUCUUGUUUGACGUCAUUUGGUAUUUGUGACGUCAUACCUAACAACGAUUCAGGAAUGAAAACAGUCCAAGGACGGAAGGAUAACAAACAGCACAGUAACAACAACGCUGAACACAUGUGUACUUUUGUAAAGUCGGAUAUUGCUGAGGAGACAGGCACGAACGCAUUGUUCUCUCCUGCGAGUGUGAAAUACACGGACAUCGCCGACAAACCAGUUCAUGGCCAUAUGUCGGACAGAAAAGACCAGUAUUUACAUACUAGGCUGAUGAACGAUUCGCUUAGCAACCGCGCAUGCUCAGAACUGAUAAGCCUGGGUGGUCAAAGUGUUUAA